AUGCUUCCGAGUCCUGUGACUUCAACCCCGUUUUCGGUAAAGGACAUUCUUAAAUUGGAACAGCAACAUGCUCUUAACCCGAAUGGAUUCAUGGGUAUUGAGCAGGACACUGUGCCUCUGCAGUCGCUCCAGCUUGAAUGCAUGCAGAGUACAUUAAGCCGGAGCCUGGAUCUCCUCUACAGUCCCGAGAAACACAGUGCGAUUGCUGGGGAACAGGUGAAAUGUGCCUUGAGUUCAGAUGACUUUGACAUCGUCAGAGACUCCUGCAGUUCUCCAAUAGAAGAGGAGAUGGAAUCCCGCGAAGACACAAGCAUGUGUCAGUUUGACGACUCGGUUUGUAAAAAAGACGAAACAACCAUUGAGAAACCAAAGCAGAGGUUGCGCAGGAAACCCCGAGUUCUCUUUUCUCAAACGCAAGUGUUUGAGCUGGAAAGACGCUUCAAGCAGCAGAGAUACCUUUCAGCGCCCGAGCGAGAUCACCUGGCUCAUGUUUUGAAGCUCACGUCCACACAGGUCAAAAUAUGGUUCCAGAACCGGAGGUACAAGUGUAAGAGACAGCGACAGGAUAAAACUCUAGAGCUGGCCGCGCCACGGAGGGUGGCAGUGCCCGUGUUGGUGCGAGAUGGAAAACCCUGUCAUGGACCUCCUUAUCCAUACAAUAACUAUUACGGCAGUUAUGGAAAUAACCCAUACCACUGUAACUUCACUUCUGUGCCUUCGUUUGCCAAUACAAGCCAAAUACCCAACCACUUUGUGGAUAUGAAUUUACCGUCAGGAAGUGUUGAUGGGAUUAGAGCUUGGUGA